AUUUGAUAUGAUUAGGACAUGGGAAUGGAAAGGUUGGAAAGGCUACAAAUUUGAGAGGACAAAUAUCAUUGCCAACCUUGGGAGCGGGAGAAGAUGCAUAUGAUGUUCAAUUUGAAUGGGACACUGAUUUCGGAAUUCCUGGUGCAUUUUACAUUAAGAAUUUCAUGCAAGUUGAGUUUUAUCUCAAAUCUCUAACUCUCGAAGACAUUCCCAACCAUGGAACCAUUCACUUUGUAUGUAACUCCUGGGUUUACAAUUCCAAAGUCUACAAUACUGAUCGUAUUUUCUUUGCCAACAACACGUAUCUUCCUGGCGAGACACCAGCCCCACUUGUGAAGUACAGAGAAGAAGAAUUGAAGGUUGUAAGAGGUGAUGGAACUGGAGAACGAAAGGAAUGGGAUAGAGUUUAUGAUUAUGAUGUCUACAAUGACUUGGGCAACCCAGAUAAAAGUGAAGCCCUUGCUCGCCCUGUUCUUGGAGGUUCUACCUUGCCUUACCCUCGUAGAGGAAGAACUGGAAGACCCAAAACUAAAAAAGAUCCUAACAGUGAGAAGCCCAGCGACUUUGUUUACCUUCCAAGAGACGAAGCGUUUGGUCACUUGAAGUCAUCCGAUUUUCUCACUUACGGAUUGAAAUCUGUGGUCCAAGAUGUGUUGCCUGUAUUGACUGAUGCAUUUGAUGGAAAUAUUUUGAGCCUUGAGUUUGAUAAUUUCGCUGAAGUGCGCAAGCUUUAUGAAGGUGGAGUUACAUUGCCCACAAACUUUCUCAGCAAAUACGCUCCCAUACCAGUUGUCAAGGAAAUUUUUCGAACUGAUGGUGAACAGUUUCUUAAGUAUCCACCACCUAAAGUCAUGCAAGUGGAUAAGUCUGCAUGGAUGACUGAUGAAGAAUUUGCAAGAGAAACCAUUGCGGGUGUCAAUCCUAAUGUCAUUAAGAUUCUUGAGGAGUUUCCACCACGAAGCAAGCUAAAUACUCAAGCCUACGGUGAUCAUACUUCCAUUAUAACAAAAGAACAUUUGGAGCCUAGCUUGGGUGGGCUCACUGUUGAGCAGGCUAUCCAUAACAAGAAGUUGUUCAUUUUGGAUCACCAUGACUAUCUCAUUCCGUAUUUGAGAAAAAUAAAUGAAUCUACCACAAAGACUUAUGCCACAAGAACCAUAUUUUUCUUGAAAGAGGAUGGAACACUGGCACCAUUGGCCAUCGAGUUAAGCAAGCCGCAUCCUCAAGGCGACAACCAUGGUCCUGUUAGUGAAGUCUAUGUUCCUUCGUACGAGGGUGUUGAAGCUUACAUUUGGCUAUUGGCAAAGGCUUAUGUCGUUGUGAAUGACUCAUGCUACCAUCAACUUGUUAGCCACUGGCUAAACACUCAUGCAGUGGUUGAACCAUUCAUCAUAGCAACAAAUAGGCAACUGAGUGCGCUACACCCUGUUUACAAACUCUUGUUUCCCCACUAUCGUGACACCAUGAACAUUAAUUCACUUGCUCGCAAGUCCUUGGUCAAUGAAAACGGUAUUAUAGAGAAAACAUUCUUAUGGGGCAGAUAUGCUUUGGAACUGUCUGCUGUGAUAUAUAAGGAUUGGUCUUUACACGAUCAAGCAUUACCUAAUGAUCUCCUCAAGAGAGGAGUUGCAGUUAAGGAUCCAUCUGCUCCCCACGGUAUUAAGCUUUUGAUUGAGGAUUAUCCUUAUGCUUCUGAUGGGCUGGAGAUAUGGGAUGCCAUCAAGUCGUGGGUGGCAGAGUAUGUGGCAUUCUACUACAAGUCAGAUGACGCAAUUCAAAAAGACCCCGAACUUCAAGCUUGGUGGAAAGAACUUGUUCAGGUGGGUCAUGGUGAUUUGAAAGAUAAGCCAUGGUGGCCAAAGAUGCAUACUUCUGCAGAUUUGGUUGAAGUCUCUACUACCCUAAUAUGGAUAGCUUCAGCUCUUCACGCUGCUGUUAACUUUGGACAAUAUCCAUAUGGUGGUUUGAUCCUUAACAGGCCAACUAUUAGCAGAAGAUUCAUGCCUGAAAAAGGGUCUGCUGAGUAUGUUGCAUUGGGUAAGAACCCUGAGAAGGAGUUUUUGAAAACUAUUACCGGUAAGCAGGAGACCCUUAUUGACCUUACAGUUAUUGAGAUCUUGUCAAGGCACACAUCUGAUGAGUUCUAUCUUGGAGAGAGAGAUGGUGGUGACCAUUGGACUUCUGAUGCUGGGCCAUUAGAGGCCUUUAAGAGAUUUGGGAAGAAGCUUGCAGAGAUUGAACAGAAGCUUGUACAGAAGAACAAUAAUGAGUCAUUGAGAAACCGCACUGGACCGGCUAAAAUGCCUUAUACUCUGCUCUAUCCUUCAAGUGAGGAAGGUUUGACUUUCAGAGGAAUUCCCAACAGUAUCUCCAUCUAAGGCUAUAUGGUUAUUGCACUGUUUCGUUUGUUUUCAAUAAAUGCCAAAUAGAAGGAAUAUGAUUUCUUCAUUUGGCUAAGUUAUGUAUCUCCGCUGCUUGAAACUUCUCGUGUGUUUGCUAUUGAUAAAGAAAUUGUGUUUGUACUUUGUAUAAUGUUGAGAAUAUAAUAAAUGCAACUAUUGUGUUCA